CAUCUCCGCCCACUUGUCCGUCGAUGUUUGGAUGCCUGCUUUUUACCCUUGAUUGACUGAUCCAGCAGGUCCUCCACUGGCUCGUGAGUUGGCAUCUAGUGGUACGUUGGUUCCUGGGAAUGGAUCCUUGGUUCGAAUCCAAUUUGUCCUUUUGAGAGCUUCUGACAGAAUUGUUCUCCACCCUCGAUCACCCCGCCAAAGGUCCAGAGAGCUGUCGAGGCUGAGGCUUCUUCUCGGGCGCAGAAAUUCCGAACUGACAAUUGUUCCAAUAGUUACAACCAUCUCGUCUUCGCCUCACUCUUCCUCUUGUCCACUCCUUCCCUGGGUUUAUUCAUUUAUGAGCGGCAAAGCAAAACUGCCCCUUGGAUCGUCUCAGUCGCCGAACCUCCUGCCCCCUUUUCCCCCCCUUUGAAGCGUAAAGCACCGGUGAUGAAGUCCGCCACUUCCACCAAGCUCCCAAAUGGGCACGGUAGCCUGUACAAGGAGGUGCGAUUCUCUCCCACAGCUACCCCUAUCCGACGUUCCCAGUCUGUACCAAAUGCACAUCCCACCUUGGACCCAGACUAUGCGCAGACGCUUGAAGGGAAGGGAGAGUCCAUCCCCACACUUGCGAUCGCAUACCUCGAACAGUCCCGGUCGGUCCUCGAUCGCCAACGGAUCAGCUUCAACCAUGAAAGGACCCUUUUUGCGGAGGAACGACUAUUAUGGGCGAAGGAGCGGGAAUUGCUGAAACUAAGAAUCAAAGAGCUUGAGUCGCUGCUAAAAAGCAGGGGUGUCGCGACAACCGUUGCGACCGGUGCGAUACCUGAUCCAGCCCACCACACUGCGCCGACCAUGAACUCCCAGGUUUGGGAGGGGUCUUUCCCCAUGAGCCGGCCCACAAGAGUAUUUCCCGAUACGGGGAAAUUGGAUCACCACCUUAGUCAAUCAGCAACAGCUCUGGAGCAAGGGCCAAAUCCUAUAUUGGCUGCGCCGUCCCUAGACGCUGCGCUCUCCCCCAAAUCUCAUGCUAUCGAAUCUACGAGUAUACCAGUGCCGAUAGAGAAACUCGAUAGUACAUUGGACGGAAUUACCCUCAAGUCUUCGGCGCUACCACCCGAAAUCGUUGCCCGGGUCAUGACCCCGCCAUCGCCGUCGUCUCGUGAGACCUCUCCCUCGGUUUCGUCCCAACAGAGGGCUCCUGGGGAGCAUCGCAACAGCUUGAAGCUAAAGCUUUCGGAGCUAGGCCCCCCAGAAAAUAACCGUGUCAGGGAUGCAGGACACACCCCAAUGGCUGUCAUCGAUCGGGAUGUGGACACUGAGCAACCGUCCCCUACUGAAGGUCCCUCUGUUGAGAGUGAAGACCCCCUUGCCCCCUCCGCGACUCGCGUCCAACAGCCGGCAGAGAACUCUAGUUCGUAUUUCUCGGGGGGUUCCGACCUGCCAGACUUGCCAGACGAUCCAGCCCUUAAAGGGCCUUUAUCCCUACUAAACGAAAGGGAGCACGACGACGACUUUCUGCAGGAAGUUGAUCAGAGGCUUCUUAAUCAGGCGAGGCUGAUCCUAGGACACCGCAGGACAGAAUCACAAGACACCGACGGGGACGACACAGAGGUUGCGCCUACUGCUGGUCAUGGUGAACAAGAGUUGGAAAUCAAAUUCAAAAACACUACAAAUUUUGGUACUGCAUUUGGGAAAUCUUUAUAGAGUGAAUAUUGGGUUUCCAUAUUUAUGUACUUCUUCUUUCAGAUGGAUCUAUUUGUUCCUACAGGCUGGGACUCCAGGUUUCUAUUUGUUGCGCUUCUCAAAACUGCCACGACUACCACUCCUGCUUGCUUCUUCUUCUUCUUCCUGGGCGGAUGGAUACUAUGAAUGAUGACUCUGAUGAUUGCUGAUAUCGUUGAAUAAUUUGGUACAGAUGAUGACCAUGUGUUACCUGCAGAAAUCAAUCCGAAAACUGUCUCU